GAUCCACCUUCUGCGGCAAAUCAAUGUCGGCGCAAUCGUCGAGCGUGAACUAUUCGACGCACACGUACCUCGCCAUCACGUUCAGCCCGUCCUCGCACUUCCUGGCCGAUCCGGACUCUCUGUCGUCCGUACACCCAGCCCUUGCACACGUUGGCCAGGUUGGCGAGCUGAAGGACGUCCACCUCUUUAGCGUGCCGAAGGAAGAGUGGAAGAGGGUCGAUAGCGCGAUUCAGGACGUUCUGAGCGCGAAAAGGGUCGAAGGCGUUUUGAGAGUGGAUGUACAAGUACCAAAGGGAAGGGCGAAGCGGGACGAGCUGUAAGGUGUGAGGGGGGCGAGGCCGUAUCGAUAGCAUGGCAACUGGUAUGUACGAUGCUGUG